AUGAGACGAGAAAUGCCAAUAAAACUCCCCAAAGAGGAACAGUCGACAUCACAUGGCCUCCUUCUCGAUCUCUCGAUGGACGUCCAUCUUCAGCUUUCCCCACUCAUCAUCAUCUUGACCGUUGAGAGAACCCUCGAUCCUUGCGAUCUGAUUGACCCAGGUGUCUGUCACACUAAUCCAUGGUGCGAAGCUGACCAUCAUCGGAAAUUAAACAAAAGGGAAAAUUCCCUGAUAUACUCCGUGCACGGCGCGUCGCCUGUGCAUCGAUCUAUAAACUUGACCUUUGUGAAACGACUUGCGAUAAAAUGGAGAUCUUCUUUCCCUUCUCUAAACGCGCCCUCUGUUCCACGAACCUUGUGUCCAUCCAACCAAAUGCACGUACUAUCUACACUCACCCAGGCUCUAAGCCUCUGGGCUCCCCUCGCCGCAGCCGCAUACACACUACAAGAUGACUACGGCACAGACACAACUUUCUUCGACAAAUUUAGCUUCUUCACAGGCAGUGAUCCAACCCAUGGCUUCGUCAAAUAUGUUGACAGAGGAACAGCUCAGAACACAGGCCUAAUAAAAGCCGAUGGAACCAUCUACAUGGGCGUAGAUUACACAAACGCUGCUCCAGGCGGCCGCCAAAGCGUCCGAAUCAGCAGCAACAAAGUCUACAAUCACGGUCUUUUCAUCCUAGACCUAGCCCACAUGCCCGGCAGUAUCUGCGGCGCCUGGCCAGCAUACUGGCUCCUAGGCCCUAACUGGCCCAAUAACGGCGAAAUAGAUGUCAUAGAAGGCGUGAACGACCAAACUAACAACCAGGUAGCCCUCCACACCAGCGACAGCUGCACAAUCAACAAUUCAGGCUUCUCGGGCUCCCUCCUUACAAGUAACUGCUACGUCAAUGCCCCCGGCCAAGCCAACAACGCAGGCUGCGGUAUUAAAGAUAACUCGGCCCAGUCUUACGGGAAUGGGUUCAAUAGUGCCGGCGGCGGUGUGUAUGCAACCGAAUGGACUGGCGAGGCUAUCAGUGUUUGGUUUUUCCCGCGUUCGAGUAUCCCUGGUGAUAUCAGUAGCGGAAACCCGAAUCCGAGUGGUUGGGGGACACCGUCAGCGAGGUUUGCCGGAGCCUGUAAUAUUGAUUCGCAUUUUAAGGACUUGCAGAUUAUCUUCGAUACGACCUUCUGCGGAGACUGGGCUGGUGGUGUUUGGGGGUCGAGUAGCUGUGCCUCGAAGGGGUCUUGCAAUGAUUGGGUGGCUAAUAACCCUGCUGCGUUUAAAGAUGCCUUCUGGCGUAUUAACUCGCUGAAGGUUUAUCAGGGCGGUGCUGCGAGCGUUGCGAGCAAUGUGACUGAGUGGAAGAUGGAUGUAGGUAUCGGAAGACGUUCCUUUAUCAGACAGCGGAGGGAGAAUUGGGGAAAUUGA